CCUACAUAUUUGCCUUCAGGUUAUAGCUGUUGCUUUUCCAAUGAUGGCUCAAGCUGCGAUUAUCAUCUUACUUCUCUACAAGAUAUACUCUGUUCCAGCAGUGAGAAAUUCAGAGCCAGUAGUUAUCUCAGCUGAGCCUGGUAAAGAGGUCACUAUCACCUGCACAUUUGUAGAUGACUCUAGUGCAGAUGUUAGGAUUUGGUACAAACAAAGACUGGAGCACGUUCCACUGGAAGUGGGAUCAAAGUUUAAAGAUAAGGACCCAGUAAUGUCACCACAUUUCAAACAAACAAGAUUUAAAAUAGACAGAAUAGCGAAUGGCAUUUCUCUCAGGAUUGAACAUGUUACUAAAGAAGAUGAAGGAAUGUACUUCUGUGGGUUGGACAGACGGAAUGUGAUGGACUUUUCUACUGCUACAUUCUUGGCUGUAACAGGACAGUCAGACAUAUCAGUGCUCCAAACUCCAGUACGGGGGUUAGUUUCUUCAGGAGACUCGGUCACUCUGCAGUGCACAGUCAUCUCUGAGAUCAGAGCAGCAGAUCUCCGAGUGCUCUGGUUCAGAGCUGCUGCAGGACAAUCCUUUCCUGAAAUCAUUUACACUCAUCAGAACAGCAGCAGCCGUCAGUGUGAGAUCAGCUCUUCUACAAGCUGCUCUCUGUAUGAGUUCUCUCAGAACAUCCUCGACCAGCACCAUACUGGAACUUACUACUGUGCUGUGGCUGCUUGUGGGAAGAUCAUUUUUGGGAAUGGAACAUCAGUAGAACUGAGUCAUCAGCCUGUUCUAGUUGUUACCCUGGGAGUGGCGCUGGUCUUGUUCUUAAUCUGGAAUAUCACUCUAAUCUACUGGAGCUGGAGGAGAGAGAGCCGCAGUGGAGAAUAAUUUCGAGGGCUACUAUUUCAAUCUUGAAGAUGAAGAAAAAGGGACACAAGGAGAACAUUUUCACCCCAAGUGAGGUCCUUCCCUGCUACAGACCAAUUCAGAAAGACAACAUUGCUGAGAAAACAGGAAAAAUAAUAAGAAAAUGAAAAAAUGUCCUACUGAAUUAAAGGUGCUGAUGUGAUGUGUCAGUGUUCUCUGGAUGUUUUUAAUAGCAUGAAGAGGGUGUUAAAUGUACCAAUUGAUGUUAAAUCUAAAGCAGAUAAAAUAUGUCAUUCUUAGAUCCUUUAUAUUAUAAGCUAAUAAUUUAAUGUUGCAUAAUUAUUUGGUAUCCAGUGAUGAUUCUUAACAUUUGUGGACUACUGUUUUCCUCUGAGCUGUAAAGUUGUAGGCUUCCUAUAAACAGCACUUUCUGAGGUUCCUCUGUGUUCUGUGCAUCAUGCUUUCACAGUCAUGAACUGAACUAUUAAUACAUAUGGAAAUAUUACAUUAAAUACAUUUAAUUCUUUAUUCAAAGUCCUAUUCUGAUGUAUUUUGAUGUGAUGUGAAUCUGUUGGAAAUAUGAAAUUUGCCAUUUGCUCCUUUUUGUCGUGUGUUUAUGUUUUUACUC